AUGGUUAACUUCAAGUGUUGCAAAACAAAACCUGUACCAUCUUACUACAUAUGUACACAGUGUCUCAACAUCUUUCAUAGAGCUUGCAUACUCAGAAAUAAAAAUGGAGUCAAAUUCGAAGGAGAUCAUAAAAUCAUUUGCUGCAUGAGUUCAGCUAAGGACAUGGAACAAAGUUUCAUGAAUGAAAUUAGUAUUUUGGAAAAAACCAUAGAAGAACUACAAGAAGACACAGAAGUUAAAGACAAACACAUGAAAAAGUUGAAAAACGACAUGGACAAGUUCAUGGAAGAUGCCCUAAAAUCUGAGGAAGAAAUGUGUGAAUUAAUAGCAGCUCAAAAACAAACCAUUGUGGAAGCUGAAACACGAAUGAUAGAACUUCAGAAAAUCAUUGAACAACUACAAACAAAGUCUACUUGCACAACAAGCACUCAAACAACACUACUUUGCAAAACCACAAGAGAGAUCAGCACCCAAUCCGUAAUAGACGUAAAAAGCACCUAUAUCCAAACAGAGUGCAAUGGAGAUGAAACAGGAAACUUCGACAUCCUCAAGAAUAAACCAGAAUUCAUGACUGCUGUUGGAAGCACACAAUGCAACAUACCAGAACCCACUGUGGAAGAAUCUACAAAGUCAAUUGAAUGUGUCAAUGGAAUUGAAACCCCGACUGAAGUGAAAAUCAUGGAAAAUAACAAAAGUGGGUUGAAACUGCAGAAAAAGAAGAAACAGCAUCUGAAGGAGAAACCAUCCAACUUUACAGGCAAUACCUAUUCAACUGAUUUUAGAAUAGAUAUCAUAGAACCUGAUAGUAUUCGCCCUUCCACUCAUGAUUGUGGUACCAGUGCGCAAUGGAAAACUUCUUGUGAUCCUGCGAGCCCACAAAGACAAAUGAUGACAAAAGUUGCUUUCCCACAUAGAAAAAUGUUAAUCUAUGGGGACGAGUAUGCCACUGGCUUUCCUAGGUAUAAUUGUACAGUGAAUUUACCGAGAGCAAGUAUCGAUAGAUGGUUUUGUAAAAGGGCCGUUUCUCCAAACCUGCAGGAGAAUGAAAAUAAUGUACUCGUCGAGCUACAAAAUGCAACAAUAAGUUCAUCAGACAAUUCUUCGGUUCUGAAAGAUUCAGAAGUAGAAGUAUCGAAUAUAAUGGAAUUAGGCAAUAAGGAGACAGAAGUACCAGAAUCAGAGGAAGAAAAUGACAUCGAAGAUCACGACGAUUCAGUCAAGGACCCUAAUUAUGAAUUGAGUGAGACUAGUUCUGAGGAAGAAAUAAAUUCUGAUGUGGAAGAAAUUCCUAGAGAUGAAAUUGAAUCUGAUAUGCUGAAUGAAGAUCCUCCUAUUAGGAAUAGAUCUUGUAUGAAUUAUGAAUCGAAGGAUAAAAUCAAAAAAGGCAAUAAAGGAAAAGAUUUCUGCUUCCAUUGCGACAGUCUUGUUUUGAAUUUUGCGCGUCAUAUAAAGCGAAAUCAUUCAACAGAGAUUGAUGUACAGAAAAUCUUCUCGAAACCUCCACGUUCGAAAGAGAGAAAAGAACUACUCAGCAAAUUGAGGAAGAAAGGAAAUUAUUUGAAUAGCAAUAUCUACAGAAAGCCAGUGAAAACACCAUCAAUAAACACAAACAUUUUGCCUUGCAACAACUGUUUGGGAUUCUACUCAGCAAAACAACUGUGGCGACAUAAAAAAAAAUGUUGUGGAACUGGUUCGAAGGCAUGUCAAUCAGAAGCACAGCAUUUUCAUUUGAAAAACUCGAAGAUUGACAAACAGUUGAUAGAAUCUGUAUUCCCACGAAUGAGGGCUGAUGAGGUAUCUCUGCAAGCUAAAGAAGAUCCUCUUAUAUGUGUUUAUGGUGCAAGGUAUAUGAAAAUUCAUAGAGAAAAGCAUUUUGUGAAUGUCACAUCACGCAAAAUGCGAGAACUGGCAAAAUUACUUAUGGAGGCAAAGAAGGAGGAACCGUCAAUAAAUAAUUUAUUCGAAGCAUUACAGCCAAAAUAUUUCGACUUGCUGGUUGCGGCCACAAAAAUCGUCGCAAAGUAUGACAAAGAUAAAGAUUGUUACAAAUCACCUACUUUCGCACUAAAUAUUGGAACGACUCUCAAACAGUGUUGCGAAAUCGCCAUUGUAUUUGCUCUGAAAAGAAAAGAGGUAUAUGCAACAUUACAAUCGGCUGAGGCGGAAGCUAACCUUAAAACAAUGAUACAACUCAUUGAAUCGCAUUGGCGUUUUGAUGUUUCUAGCCAAGCAGCAAAUGAUUUGAACAUGAAUAAGUGGAAUAAAGUUACUCUAGUUCCAUUAGCCACCGACUUGAAACAUUUGAAAGAUUUUCUUAUCAAGACAGCCAAUUCUGCUGCAGAGGCACUAUCGAAUGGCAAUAAAGAUCGAAAUUCUUAUGUCACCCUCUUAGAAACCGUAUUCUGUAGAGUAAUGCUCCUCAACAGGAGGAGACCAGGAGAGCUGCAAAGGUUAUUGUUAGAAAUAUAUGAAAAUUCGGGAAAUAUUUCUCAAAACUAUGAAGAAUUCACUGAAGCCGUUACACCAUCAGAAAAAAUAUUGAUGCAGAAGUUCAAAAGAAUUGUCAUAAGAGGAAAAAGAGGUCGUGGUGUUCCUGUACUGUUCAGCCCUGAUGUUCAGCAGCACAUCAAAAUUAUGUUGAAUCAUCGUCCUGAUUUUGUAGCGAAGGGUAACACAUAUCUUUUUGGCAACCCAAAAACAAUGGAACCUAUAUGUGGUUAUAAGGUAUUGAAAAAGUACGCAGAAGCUUGUGGUGCUAAGAACCCGCAAGCGAUUUCAUCCACAAGGCUCAGAAAACACCUAGCAACAUUGACGCAAAUUUUUAGUAUGUCUGAAGGUGACAUAGAACAGUUAGCUUCAUUCAUGGGUCACACAGUUGGCGUUCACAAAGGGUCAUACAGAUUACCAGACGACGUCUAUCAAACGGCGAAAAUAUCAAAAUUAUUACUUCUGAUGGAGAAAGGAUCGGCUGCCGAAUUCAAGGGAAAACCUUUGAAUGAAAUUGAAUUAGAUCUGGAAGAUGAUCUCAUGAACAAUGAUGAGAAAGAUGACGGAGCUACAGAUGCAAUCAAUGUGAGCACGGAACCACUUUCCAGAAUUGUUUCAGAUCAUAGUGAAAUGAAUAUACUUCCUAAAACGAAUAAGCGUAUAUUGAUUCCAUGGACAGAUAAACAAAAAGAGGCCGUCUACUGA